CACUUUUUCUUCCCAACUCAACUUCCUCACAGAACUAUUCUUCUUGUUCUUCAUCUUUCUCCUUAAUACCUAAAUAUUUAUCUUAUUAUUUACUUACCAGCUACCUUUAAAGAUGACAGAAUCACUUAUAUCCCGAUUCGCAAAGCUAAAUCCUCUGAAAUUAACCGGGGUGUACGACGAAGAUUUCGGAGAGGAAAUUGAUGACACAACCAUCGCGGGAGGUGGACACGGGGCGAGGCGAACCGAUAUUACCAAGGGCCACUUACGGGUUAGCCAUGCAUUGAAGUCAUACCUUGUCAAGAAUCAUAUACUCUCCGAAGAAGAUGUCGGUUUAGACUCGGAACAGCCUAGCUAUGCGUUACGUGCUCUGCUUGAUAAAUCGCAUAUCAAUGUUCCUCCCGAAGUCACAGAUAGAUCUUACCCCCUACCAGAAUAUUUCAUCUCUUCUAGUCAUAAUACAUACCUCUUAGGUCAUCAGCUUACUGGAAAAUCCUCCGCAACCGCAUACGAGACUGCACUAAACACUGGAUCCCGAUGUGUGGAGAUUGACGCUUGGGACGAUGAAGAACAUGCGGAUGAACCAAAGGUCACUCACGGAUACACUCUUGUGUCACAUAUCCCGUUCCGUUCUGUCUGUGAGACGAUUCGCGAUGUCAUCGAUAGGGAAGCAGCACAAUCCGUCAAUGAACAAGGGUACCGAGCAGCUCCAAUCAUGUUAUCUUUAGAAAAUCACUGCAAUGCCCACGGCCAACGGAGACUCGUCGAGAUUAUGAAAGAAAUCUGGGGUGAUCGCUUAUUAAGCAAAGCUGUCCGGAUUAAGGGUCACCAAGAACAGCGAGGCGAUAGUGACCCAGUCACAUUAGCAGAACUCGGAUCAAAAAUAGUCGUCAUCGUCGAGUACCAUCUACCCGAAGAAGCAGACUCUAGCGAAGAGGAUAAUGGGUCUAAUAACGAAGACGAAGAGGAGAGACAGGCGCGAGAGGCUUACAGAGCCAAGAAGAAGGCGGCUGCUUCUGGUGCUAUAGUUCCGGAGCUCGCGGAGUUAGGUGUCUAUGCUCAAUCCGUAAAGCCAAGGGAUAAUUCGUGGUUCGAGGGUGUUCUCAAAGAUGGCCCGCAUAACCACCUGAUCAAUGUAUCCGAAACCGGACUUGCGUCACAUAUGCCAGCAGCGAACGAGAAAAUCGCCGAGCACAAUUCGCGUCAUCUAAUGCGUGUCUUUCCUAAAGGAACAAGAAUCUCGUCAAAUAAUCUCAAGCAAGUGCCCUUUUGGGGCAUCGGUGCGCAGAUUUGUGCCAUGAACUGGCAAACCUUCAACGCCAGCAUGCAAAUCAACGAAGCAUUAUUUAGCGGUACAGAUGGUUACGUCUUGAAGCCAGCGGCAUUGAGAGCAGGCGGUAACAUGAACCUUAGCACAGGUAGAAAGAAGAGACUGUCAUUACAUGUCGCAGGUGCUUCAGACGUGCCUGUCCCGGAGGGCAAAGAAGCAGAUGAAAUCAAGCCUUACGUUACCUGCACGCUUGUACACACCGACGAGUUGGGAGGUAACCACCCCAAGCGGAAGACAGACCCUUAUAAGCAGCAUAGACUCGGUUUCUUGCACCGUGGCGAGAACCCGCCGCCAACGGAUCCGAUCUGGGACGAGAACUUAGUGUGGGAAUAUGAAGAAAAUGAGCUGACGUUCCUCCGUAUACUCAUCAAGGACGAUGUUAGCUUUGCGGAAAAUCCUGUCUUCGCGGUAGCUGCUGUGCGGCUUCUGUAUGUUGUUCCCGGCUGGAGUUUUAUUCGCAUGUUGGACUUGAAAGGGCGGGAGACGAAGUGUUCGUUAUUGGUGAAGUUCCAUAUUGAAGAUGCUUGAGGCGAGAUACGAGAUGGUGCCUUGGAAGACGAUCUUUAAUUGGCUUAUUCAAGCCAAAUUCAUUGUGUACUAGCACAUAUCCCUAUCAAGGGCAACAUAAAUAUCGGAUAUACCUACGUUAUCAUUACAGAAGUGGUAUCAUUAAGUCCUUAUCACGGUGCAUUUUUCUGGUUGGGUUAGGUUUAUGACUUUAUUCAUUGACAGAAACCCCGGAUCCUAGCCAGCGCGUACUAGAGAGGUCUAUAGAAAUGAGGACUUCAUUUAUAACUAACAUGGCGAUGCAACUUCGUGUAUGUACCAGGGCACCAAGAGACCCAAUACCUGAAAAUUACUCUAUCAUUGCAUCACCCUUCCUUCCCAUCAUCUUGAUACCGU